AUGGUGGCCCAACAGGUGGAUAGCGGAGGGCGAGCGGCAGCCGAGCUGCUCAACCACAGAAGGGGCAGUCGCUGUGAGGACAAGAAGCAGACGCUGUUGGCGCUGCUGGUCUUGGUGCUGUACGUGAGCUCGGGGAUAUCAGGAAGAAGUUGGGAGAUGUCAGAAAGGAUCAGAGAAUGUAACUACCAGAAUCCUGUGGCUUCCCAGGGGUUUGAACACCAGACCAAGGAUCCCUCGAAAGAGCCGUUAAAGGUCGUCAGGACUUGGUUGAAGGAGAACUUGCAAGUUUUCCUGGAAAAGCUGGAGAAAGAGGUGCGAGAGCUGGAGCAGCUGGUGCGGGACCUGGAAGAGUGGCUGGAUGUCCUUCUGGGCGAGGGGCGCCCCGAGGAAUCCUGCUCCUCCUUCAGAAACCGUUUGUGA